AUGCAACAAGACUCGGGUCUCCGUGUACCCGGUGCCGACAAGACGGCCGCAGGGAAUGUGUACUUCGUGACAAUAAUCCUAAGCAGUAAGACUAUAAGCGAAAAGCUCUCGUUGAGUAGUCACUUACUGAACUCUAUCAGGUCAUCAGGGUCGGCAAACCCGGCGCACCAAAGUUCAGGAUCAAAUACUGUGAUAACUGGACAGCAUUGCGACGACCUGCAUCAGUCAAGUGAUCAUUCAACUCUUGUCUCACAGCUCAGCGCACAUGGUCUCAGUUUCGAUGAUCGUGGGACAAACCCACCCCAAUCCCCCGAUGUUCCGUAUACCGAAUACGCCUUCGUCGAGUUGCAACAAUCAAUGUCGCUCCCUUCCGAGGAUGUAGCACUUCUAGCAUCGAAAAGGUGUUUGAGCUUGCCAACCUCCAAUGCAAUCGAUGAGUUUGUUCAGGAGUACUUCAAGCAUAUUCACCCAUCGGUACCUGUCUUAGACGAGGCUGAGUUCUGGCGCAUUUACCGAAACGAUCAAUCUACCGGUCCCAAAAUAUCUCUUUUUGUGCUGCAAUCAUUGCUUUUAGCAAGCUGCCCAGUCAGUACCAUGUUGUCCCUCUGGUAA